UCUGAAGACCGCACAGAGUAUGGCCCAGCCCACUCCAGGGACCCCUCUUACCACACAUCGACUCCAAAACGUAGACCAGUUCCACCUCCACAUUUCGACCCAUGGUCUCUGGUGGACCCUCGAGCAACAACCCAGUUUCGAGACCAACCCCUUCGAUUAAAGUGUGACCUGUUGACCAGAUCGGAGGAGAGGAGUCAAAGUAUGAGUCCCAUAAGCCACAGUAAUGUGCUGCGCAGCGACGACUCCUGGCUCAGAGACACGAAGACGCUACCCGGGAAACGAGACCAAGAACCUCUGUACUGUGAC